CUUUCAAGCCUCAUGUUCAUGUCAAACCCUGAAGAACUGCGUGCUGCGGCAAGGUGGACAGGGAUGGGCAAAGAAAGUCGAAAAGGCCUCAUGGAUCGCCUACAGCACUUCUUACCGCCAUCCAUAAUGCUGCCUCCUCACAGACUUGAGACAUUGAUUCUUCAAGCCGUAGAACAGCAGCGUACCCAGUGUGCCUAUCACAACACUCGCAGCGACAGUCAGGUCAGUAGACGAGAUGACCACAGCUCUCACUGCUGCAGUCAGGUGCUUGGAUCUGGUGGUUCCUUACUGAUGGAUCACUCAUGUCCUCGUCUUGCCUUCCCUGGAACCACCGUCCAGAUUCUGUCUGACCACUGUGAUGAAGUUUGGAUUGCUCGCUUCAGUCCAGAUGGAACUAAAUUGGCUACCGGGUCCAAAGACUCUACAGUCAUCAUUUGGGAUGUUGAUCCUGAAACGUUAACUGUCACUCGUCGCUUCACCUUAGAUGGACACUCCUAUGGUGUGGUGUACCUUGCCUGGAGUCCAGACAGUACUAAGCUCAUUGUAUGUUUACAAGAAGAGGCUGCUGAACUUGUGGUCUGGGAUACUGAACGAGGGGAACAGAUAUGUAAAGUGUCAAACUCUCCUGAUGAUUCCCUUACUUGUGCAGCAUGGCACAAGGAUUCCCGAAAGUUUGUCUGUGGAGGCAUGAGGGGACAGUUCUACCAUUGUAACUUGGAGGGACACAUUUUAGACUCCUGGGAAGGAGUCAGAGUUCAGUGUUUAGCUAUACAAAAUGAUGGGAAGACUGUCUUAGCAUCAGACACACAUCACCGCAUCAGGGGUUAUCAUUUUGAUGAGGUGCAGGACCAUAAUAUUAUUCAGGAGGACCACAGCAUAAUGUCAUUUACCCUUGACAAUACCGGCCAGUAUGCCUUGUUAAACGUGGCCAACCAAGGUGUCCAUUUAUGGGACUUACGAAAUAGAACUUUGGUGCGCAAGUUCAGAGGACUCACCCAGGGCCACUAUACCAUCCAUUCUUGCUUCGGUGGAGAUAACCAAGACUUUGUUGCUUCUGGGAGUGAAGAUAACAAAGUAUAUAUCUGGCACCAUCGGCGAGAACUGCCUGUAGUCACCCUUGGCGGCCACACCCGAACUGUCAACUGUGUCACCUGGAAUCCCAGAUACCCUGCGAUGAUUGCAUCCGUGUCAGAUGAUGCCACUGUGAGGAUAUGGGGACCAGCGCCGCAGUACAGGGGAUCUGCAGCAGCACAGAAUGGCACAAAAGCCACUGCUAAUGGGAGUGAGUCUGAAUCUCCAACUUCCCACAUGUUCCUCAGCAACGGCGCAGCUGUUUAGUGAAGUGAUCUCUUGUGCCACAGACCUAAUAUCUCGUCGCUUGUGGUGUGUUCUUGGUUGCUGGUGCCACUAAGUUUGUGUAGCACCAAUGGUUGUUAGUGCCACAAAGUUAGUACCAGGGCAUUGGUGUCAUGCCACUAUUGCCACAAACACAACUUUACUUAUUAUUUUGUGACACAGAGACUUCCUACAUGAUAUGGCUGAGUGAUGGACAGCUUGUUGGAUCUUGUCAUCCUGUGAAUCAUUCCUCUAUGAGUGUAAUGCUAAACCCACUCCCCAACUGUGGUAUCAGCGUCUGGCUUAGAUUCUUUUGGAACUUAACUUUCGAAGUUGUGCCUCAAAAACAUAAAUAUUUUGGUAAAAAGAAUAUGGAUUUUUCCAAGUGGAUAUACUGUUCUAAGUCAGUUUUGAUUUCAGAUACAAUUUCCUCCCCCCAAGAGAAGCUGACUGAUAACAGAAGAACUUUUUAAUGUUUGGAAGGUCAAGCUUUAUUCUAUAAGAUAUAUUAUUUUGAACACAUUUGGUGACAGCAGCUGGAUCUGUAUCAGUUAUCCCUGGAAAACUGUUCACUGUUAAGAUAUGUCUUUUUAAUUUAGAAAAUAACAAGACCAAAGACAAGGAUCAUGAUAAGCAUGCCUUGCUAUUUUCUCCUGGAAAAGGUGGUGGUCACUCUAGAGUAUGAAUCACAGUAGGAUCCAUAAGAUGCCAGAAUGCUCACCUUGAGUUCUUACAUGCUUGGCUGACUCAAUCAUCGAUUCAUCAAAAUCAACUCCAUCAUCCAUUAUUUGUGUACCAGCUCUACAAGACACCAUUGUAAAUACAACAUCCUUCC